AUGCUCAAGAACUAUCAUCCGGUAUCUGAUCCAUCGUUCAGACGCGUAAUCAGGAGCUGUUUGAGUCUUUCACCUCUGGGUGUCUCAGACUGCGAGCGUGCGUGCAUGCGUGCUCGCGUGGAUCCAUGCAAAUGUGAACCCAAUGCGGAUGCGUUUGUGAUUCGGGCACGGCACAAUUCUGCAUUCCUGGCCACUGCAGAUGGGGUCAACUGGGGUCGAGAGUCGAUGCAAGCGGCACGUUGUGCUAUCUUUGCUGUCUACGAGUAUUUGGAAAUGAGACUAUUUGGUCCAGAUGGUGCGCGAGCCGAUAUCCGUAACACAAGGGACGCGGCACAGCUGCUGUUUGAAACGUUCUCCGCCGCGCAGCAACGCAUUGUUUCCUGCACAACAGGAUUAACCACGCUUUGUGUAGCGCUUAUUCUUCCCGUGGAUGAGACCGUGUCAGCUCUAUCCCCGUGUCACUCGUCGAAAUCCGGUUCCCUCUCGUCCUCGUCCACAUCAGUCAGUACCCACUCGGGUUCCGCUUCGGAACAAUCACCAACCCACGGAAAACACGAACCUGCCAAACGAUUUGCAUUGAUUAUGGUCAGUGUCGGUGAUUCUCAAGCUUUUCUAUUAAGCAAAUUUCAUGGAAUUCGUGAGGUUACGGGUUGGGUUGUACCUUCUGUUUCCAUGGCACAAUCGGAAGGCGAUGAGCCCCGAACGAAACUGGUUCCAUCCUCACCGGAAACAACAAAACGACCGUGGAUUGUGGGCGGUGACGACAACCGAUCCCGCGCGGGAUGUCUAUCUUGCUCUCCUCCGGAACGGGACUUUCGGGAUGCCGGUGGUGCGUUGGGCCCGGUGUAUAAAAAUGGCAAUCCUGAGUUGCACAAUCUAAUUUGUGCAGUGACUCUUUGUGAUCCCGGCGAUUUGGUCAUUUUGGGUACAGACGGAUUGACAGACAAUUUCGAUCCGGUAAUCACACGCAUCGCACUCCCGGAAUCGCCACAGUUGGAUUUUGUUGACGAACAGGAUGAGUCGGACAACAGUCGGGAUCCUUAUGACGAUCCGGACCGUGUUGCUGAUUCGGAAUCAAAUGGUUCUAUGCAUGAACGUACAGCUAUCCCAGCACGUUCCUGGUACACUCCACUGGCAUUAUCCCCACCACCACAAGUUUCAAUCUGGCCCAGACCACCGCCACCACCACCUCCAACGGCUCAGCAUGUAAACACAUCGCCAACCAAACAGGCUGAUCCACAAGCAUUACGCUCCCCUGAGACUAAUUUUAAAUUGGCCCCGGACAGGCCUGUUCGGUUUGUGUCUGAACUGAGUGCUGUGGCUACAUCCUGUGGUGCAAUGGCCAGCCCCACCGAUGAAAUCAGUGCGCGUAGUUUAAAUUUCACUAAUCAACUGGAGUUGAGUUGGGCCGAACGGCGUCGUUAUGCCGGUAAAGAACUGGAACGCGUGUGGCACGAGAUCGAUGCGGUCACGUGCAGUUCCGGACAAGGUCAGGCCAGUUCUCGUGACCUAUGCGACGCGUUGAUUCGUCACGCACUGGACACGACCGCAUCAAAGCGCACGAUCCUUCAGAAUCCUGACUACGCACGAAUUCGUGUCCAUCCAUCGGUGCGACACAAGCUGAAUGAUGCUGCUUCCACGAUACCUGAUGAAGAAGAACUGAUUGCUCAACGUCAAUGGCUCUCAGAGACACUCAAACGUACCCCCGGCAAAUUAGAUCACGCAACAGUUGUUGUCUAUGAGGUUGGUGUAUACCGUGGUGAUGAGAAUGAGGUUUACGAGGAAACAAGUCAUGGGUUACAUGUACCUCAAAAGUCCCCGGUCUCAACGAAAUUAUUUGAACAGACUAAACAUUCCAAUACCUAA